CCCCAUUUUCUCAUUCAUUUUUAGGAUCUGUUUUCUUGGCCUACAUUUACUCUGCUGCCAUCUGAGGGUUUCAAUCUUUGCUUGUGUUUGAUGAAGGUAAGCCAUGUGUUUUUUGAGGAAUUAGUUUGAGAGGAAAUCUUGGUGAUUAUGAAGUUAAUACUGUGAUUUAAGCUUCACAAUUCCUCUUUUAUUCUUGUAGUGAUUUGUUGAUUGGUUCGGGCUUAUGAAGGGCUAAAUUUAGAGGGAGUUUAUGCUUGAUUUUGUUUAUGUCUGCAUUAUGUGGAGAAGCUCAGAAAUUAGCUUUUGUAAUAAAUUGUGAAUGUUGAUGGAAGGAGAUGGAUAGGUGAUGCUGCUGUAGCUAACAAUGUCAACCUUAGUUCCCCUGCUGGGAUUGAGGCCUCAACUAGUGUGUUCAAUGGUGAUCGAAUCUACGGGCCUCUGUAUUGAAUGGCUAGGAUCUUUAGUGGGAGUUUGAACUCUACUUUUCAACUUCCACAUGUUGAGGCCAAUGGUUUGAGGUUGGUUUCCGAGUUCAAUGUUCCCGGUGAGAUUGCAUAUAAUAAGAUGAACUUGUUUGGAUCUGCAGAAGCCAACUCCACUGAUUCCUAUUUGUUGAAGGAGUAUUUCUUGUUUGUGGUGUCGAAUUUGGUGGUUGUGAGCUUCGUCCCAUCAAAUGGUCGUUUGGUUUUGUUAAUGCUAUUGAGGGUUGCUGAGGUGGGGAGUGGUGUGUUUGAUGUUUCUGUGAGAGGAGUUGGGGGUGGCCGUGGUGGGUUGGAGUUGGGAAAACAAGGGAUUGAGACGUUGUAUAGGUUGAAUGUUGGUGGUUCGUCUAUUAGGCCCUCCCAUGAUUCGCUUCUUUGGAGGGCUUGAGAGAUGGAUUCGGGCUACAUGAUCAAUGCGGAUGCUGGUACUGUGCCUAACACCAAGGCUAAUGUAGCCUACUCCAACCCGAACGACACUGUUGUGGCUCCUCUUUGCUAUAAUCGCGAUCCUUCAGGGGUUCACUACUGCUAAUGGUAAAGGGUCAUCAACGAGCUAUCAGAGCACGAACCAGCCAAAUGGCACAGUCAUGUCCGGGAGGCGUUUCUUGUUAGUUGAGAGAUUAGAUCAGCGACAAAUUACUUUGAUGAGAGCUUAGUGAUUGGAGUGGGGGAUUUGGGAAGGUGUUCAAAGGAGAGAUUCGCGAAGCCGUUCUUGGAGCACAGUCUCAGCAGGGAUUGAACGAGUUUGAGAUGAUGUUUUACCUAAGGGUCUAUCUCCCUGUGAGAGCAUUCACAAUGGAAGAGGGUCAUUUCGUUCCACGUCAACAUUUUACCUAUGGGUCUAUCUCCCUGCAAUAGAAGGGCCAUUCCAAAGGGCUUGUCGUACUUCCAUUUCAUUCCACAUCAUCACUAUUUUAUUCUAAUUUGUUUGCGCUUCUAUAUUUAUUAUAUUGCCAAAUUAAAUAAGUGUAAAUGCAAAAAAUAUUAAUAAGCAAAUCUUCGUUUUACUACA